CCACCUGGCUGUGGUGCCUUCCUCCCCGCUGGGGGGUGCAGGACCGGGUCGCCGAGGUGGACGCUGCGCAGGAAAGUGAGGGUGCGACCCCUAGCUCGCGCAGCCCCGCCCCCGCAGCCAGCGGCCCUGCGGCAGCCGGGGGCCAGAGCUCCGCCCUCCGCCUCCCGCCGGUCUCGCCGCCUCCUCCCUCCUCCUCCCUGGCUCGCUCGCUCCCUCCCCCCGGGCCGGCUCGGCGCUGACUCCGCCGCACGCUGCAGCCGCGGCUGGAAGAUGGCGGGGAACGACUGCGGCGCUCUGCUGGAUGAAGAGCUCUCCUCUUUCUUCCUCAACUAUCUCGCCGACACGCAGGGUGGGGAAUCCGGGGAGGAGCAACUCUGUGCCGACUUUCCUGAGCUCGACCUCUCCCAGCUGGACACCAGCGACUUUGACUCAGCCGCCUGCUUUGGGGAGCUGCAGUGGUGUCCGGAGAACUCUGAGACGGAGCCUGGCCAGUACAGCCCUGAUGACUGCGAGCUCUUCCAGAUCGACAGUGAGAAUGAGGCCCUCCUGGCGGCACUCACCAAGACCCUGGACGACAUCCCUGAAGAUGACGUGGCCCUGGCUGCCUUCUCGGCCCUGGAUGAAGGAGACACACCGUCCUGCCCCUCAGCAUCUCCGGUCCCCUUGUCUGCACCCCCCAGCCCUGCUCCAGAGAGGUCCCUGGCCCCAGCUUCCGAGGAGGAUGAGCUUUCACUGCUGCAGAAGCUCCUCCUGGCCACAUCCUCCCCACCGUCAAGCUCUGACCCUCAGAAAGAAGGGAUGACUUGGCGCCAGGCUGGCCUCAGGUCCAGAAGUCAGCGGCCGUGGAUCAAGACAGACAGCACCCUGGAUAAGAAGGCUCCUGUGCCACAGCCUCGGAGCCGGCGUUGUACGGAGCUCCACAAGCACCUCACUUCGGUGCUGUCCUGCCCCCGGGUGAAAGCCUGUUCUCCAGAGAGGGGCCUGCCACUGCCAACGAGUCCCCAGCCUCAUGCCAAGGAGGACGAGGUUCCUGGAGAGGACUGUGCAAGCCCCCAGCCGGCUCGAGCCUCUCACUGGGACCCUCCGACACUGGGAGGGGCGAGCCCCUGUGCCCAGGUUCCCCCGGAGGACGUGAAGGCGAUGGUGCAGCUCAUUCGCUACAUGCAUACGUACUGCCUCCCCCAGAGGAAGCUGCCCCCUCCAGCCCCCGAACCAGCUCCCCAGCCCUGCGGCAGCCCCUCCAGGCAGGUCAGAGCCCGUCCCCAGCACCCCUCCAAAGCCUCCUGGGCUGAGUUCUCCAUCCUGAGGGAACUUCUGGCUCAAGAUGUCCUCUGUGAUGUCAGCAAACCCUACCGCCUGGCCACACCUGUCUAUGCCUCCCUUACCCCCCAGUCCAGGGCCAGGCUCCCCAGAGACAGCCAGGCCUCCCCUGCCCACCCGACCCCGGUGGAGGAGGUGAGGAUCGCAGCUUCACCCAGCUCAGGGCCCAGACAGAGCCUGCGUCCACUGCGACUGCGGGUGAGAGGGGACAUCAGCCGGUCUGCCAGGCAGCAGCAGCAGGAGGAGGAAGAGGAAGAGGAGGAAGAAGAGGAGGACGAGGAGGAGGAAGAAGAGGAAGAAGAAAAAGAAGAGGAGGAGGAGGAGUGGGGCAGAAAAAGGCCAGACCAAGAUCUGCCAUGGACCAAGCUGGGAAAAAAGCCAGAGAGCUCUGUGUGCCCUGUGCGGCGUUCUCGGAGACUGAACCCCGACCUGGGCCCCUGGCUGACAUUCACUGAUGAGUUGCUGGUCCCCUCAGAGCCCCAAGGUGCUCUGCCCUCACUGCGCCUGGCUGCUGAGGCCUGCAACAUGGAGGGACAGCUGGGCAGCCCCACGGAUGAGGCCAAUGCCCAAGACCAGCAGCUCCUUCGGGGACCCCAGAUCCCCGCCUUGGAGAGCCCCUGCGAGAGUGGGUGUGGGGACACGGAUGAGGACCCCAGCUGCCCACAGCUGCCUCCCAGAGGUAGUUGGAGCCAGCAGCCUGCAAGAGGGGGCAAGGACUCUUCAACGUGCCUCAUGCUGGCCUUGUCGCAAAGCGACCCUGCUUUUGGCAAGAAGAGCUUUGAACAGACCCUGACCGUGGAGCUCUGUGGCACGGCAGGACUCACGCCCCCCACCACGCCUCCCUACAAGCCUAUGGAGGAGGAGCCCUUCAAGCCAGACAUCAAGCACAGCCCAGGCCAAGAGACAGCUCCCAGCCUCCCCUCCCCUGAGGCCCUCCAGCUGAAGGCAGCCCCAGGAGCUGCUCGUAAGCUGCCGAACAAGCACUCCGACCGGAGUGAGCUCCUGUCCCAUCUUCGGCACAUCACAACUCAGCCAGCCUCCCAGGCUGGCCAGAAGCGCCCCUUCUCCUGUUCCUUUGGAGACCAUGACUACUGCCAGGUGCUCAGACCAGAGGGUGCCCUGCAGAGGAAGGUGCUGAGGUCUUGGGACCCAUCUGGUGUCCACUUUGAGGACUGGCUCCAGCAAGGCGCCCCUUCACGGGCUGAGACCCAGGCCUGCCGGAAGGAGGAAGGCCAAAGCUGUGAUGCCUGUGUGCCACCCAAGGACAGUGUGCAAUUGAGAGACCACGAGAUCCGCGCCAGCCUCACCAAGCACUUUGGGCUGCUGGAAACUGCCCUGGAGGAUGAAGACCUGGCCUCAUGCAAAAGCCCUGAAUACGAUGUCUUUGAGGACAGUAGCAGCAGCAGCGGGGAGAGCAGCUUCCUCCUGGAGGAAGAGGAAGAGAGAGGGGAGGAGGACAAUGAUGGAGAGGACUCAGGGGUCAGCCCUCCUUGCUCUGACCACUGCCCCUACCAGAGCCCACCCAGCAAGGCCAGUCGGCAGCUCUGUUCCCGCAGCCAAUCAAGCUCCAGUUCCUCAUCCUGCUGCUCCUGGUCACCAGCUACCCGAAGGAGCUUCAGGUGUGAGAGCAGAGGGCCGUGUGCGGAUGGAACCCCAAGUGUCCGAUGCGCCAGGAAGCGGCAGGAGAAGGCCAUUCAGGGUGAAGGCCGCGUCGUGUAUGUUCGAAAUCUCUCCAGCGACAUGAGCUCCAGAGAGCUAAAGAAGCGCUUCGAGGUGUUUGGAGAGAUCGUAGAGUGCCAGGUGCUGACAAGAAGUAAGAGAGGCGAGAAGCAUGGCUUCAUCACCUACCGGUGUUCUGAGCAUGCAGCCCUGUCCCUGCAGAAUGGCGCUGCCCUGAGGAAGCGCAGCGAGCCCUCCUUCCAGCUGAGCUCGGGCGGGCCCCGGCAUUUCCGCUGGCCCCGACACACUGACUACGAUGGCAGUCCGGAGGAAGCCCUUCCUGCGUCCAGCAAAAGCAAGUAUGAAGCCAUGGAUUUUGACAGCCUGCUGAAAGAGGCCCUCCAGAGCCUACACUGAUCACAGCCUUAACCUCCGAGGAAUACCUCAAUACCUCAGACAAGGCCCUUCCAAUAUGUUUACGUUUUCAAAGAAAGAAGUAUAUGGGAGAGAGAGCGAGCAAGCGUGCGUGAGAGAGACUUGAGACUACUGUCCUUUUAAAAGAACAAAUCGAUGUUUACAUUGCACAAAGCUGCUUCUGUCCGUGAGUUUCCAUGAUGUUGACGUUCCACUGCCACCUUAGUGUCCUCGCUUCCAAAGGGUUGUCCUGGGUGCGCCUCAAAGUGCUGAGUCACUCACCCUCUGCCCUCCUGCCCGACUGACGUCCUCUUGUAGACUUGCAGCCUGUCCCCGUAACAUCCCCUGUCUGUAGCGUGUGAUGAUGAAAUUGUCACUUGUGAAUAGAAUCAGGAUUAUAAACUCAUUUUUAAUUGAAGAAAAAAAAGUAUAUCCUUAAAAUAAUGUAUCUAUGGCUCAGAUGUGCUGUGCCUGGGAUUAUCGUAUCGCUUCCUUGAUUUUGAACUAUGCACAGUCAUGAGGUAUUUGCCAUUCAGCUGCGCUGCUCCCCUGACAGAUUGCCCUGGAGGUGCUGGGGGCUGGGAGAUUGGUCCCCAGGAAAGUGGACCCCACAGCCACAAUGCCUGGGGGCAGUGGAGAGAUGCUUCUGGGCCUCUUCUGCCAAGUCCUGCCAUGAUUUAUUUGGAGCAAGUUUGGGUCAAAUUUCAGUGUAAACCCCCAUCUUGUGCCCAGCUCACUCUGAAGAACAUGCCUGUUUAUUAUCAGAUUCUGUUUUGAAGCCAGGCCAAGCUAUGUUAUUUCCAUUUUCCGUGGGAAGCAGGGGUACCCUGCUGGGUAAAAUGACUUACCCAAAUCCCAUGGCCAGUGAGAAGGCAGAGCAGUGACCCAGCCCAGGCCUUUGAUUCUGGUCCCCAACUCUUACCAUAGCUGGGGUGACAAUGCCAUGCUUGGGGACUGGUAGAGGUGAGUAGGCUAUAUUGGGCACCAGACUAGAAGCCAGGGGACUCAGCUGGGGGCUAAGCCAACAGUUGACUCAUCAGUGUGAGGCAGGUCCCAGCCCCACCGUGUGCCUGGGUGUGCCAUCAGCGCUGACCUGAGUCGACACCCUGUCAGAGCUUUGAGAUGUGACUGCAGUGGUACACGUGGGCUGUGGGUUUAAGAGCAGUCAUCCUCUGGGGGCCCAGCUGUCCCGUAUCAUCUGUGAUGUCGUUUUGAUGGCCAGGGCAGGGGGAUCAGGAGCAGGAGGUGGGGCGGGGGACAAAUAAAGCAAUAUCCGAGCUCCCUUCAAACUUACACAGUGUUUGGAUUGGGCUUCACUUCCAACCUUGUGAUGUCCUUGCCCCGACUGAGCAAGAGUGUAGCCAGGCAGGUGUGACCAUAGUGCUCCUGCUUCACACAGAGUGGCUUAUCGUGAUAUUUUUCAAACGUCAGAGUUCCUUCAGACAUUUCUGUAUUUAGGCGGGGGAAAGUCCCUACCACUUUAAAAAGUUCGAAAGUGACUCACUGAACAAGCUAAGUUCCCUGUUGCUGCUGGAAGGCCCGGUCCUAUGACAGUGGCUUAUCCGUGCCCACAAUAUUGUCCUGGUGGAUGAGAGCCCUCCCUGCCAGUGGAAAAGGCUGCAGAAGACAGGCUGUAGCAGAAACAGGAGCUUGAGCUGCUGAGUAUCAAGUCAGUUUUCUGUGAGAUGGAGCGAGAGGGAGAAUUGGGCAGGUUUCGACUGUCCUAGCUUCUGUUAAGGACAGCGAACAUGCCAGGCAUGUGCCACUACGUCUGCUCAUUGUACAGUGCAGACCUAACUAACCAGCCACAGCAAGGUUAUUCCUUGAGCCUAAAUCCUCAACACAGUGCUCUAGGCGGUCAUGACUAAUUGAUUAGAGUUUAUUUGACAUCUCGUCUGAUCUUUGGAAGCUCUCCAUCAAUCAUACAGAACUGUGUGCUGGCUGGAUUUCAUGCUAGCUCAUCCCUGUCUGUCAUGUCCUGAUCAAUGAAAGAAGUGUCCCUAAAACCAUUCCUUGGCACAAGACUGCCAGUACCACUGUGACAUACAUCUUUGCUUGAGGAGAGUGGGAUGGAGGCGAGAGGCAGUAUUUCGGAAAAAAGCAGGGCUUAUAAGGAUGGACCAAAAAAGGGACUUUGCAUAGCACAGACCCAAUCACUCUAGAUUUCUUUAUAAGCUGUUCACUGCCUAGCACAUGGUAGGCACAUCACAAAUGAAGGAAAUAAAAGUAAAAUCCUUCUGAUUCCUCCACUGGAACCUGAUUUGCAUUGAGAAGGAAACAUUUUACCCCAUAGGUGGGAAAGACCCUGGAUUCAGAAUGUGGAGAGCUGGGUGAGUCCUGACUUCACCGAGAGCUUCCUGCAGAGCUUUGCUCAGGCCCUUGGCUCCUGCGCCUGAGUGCCGGAAGUUGUCAGAUGAUGUCUUCGAUUUGCUUCUUCCUCGGUCACGCUAGGCCAAGGGUUCUGCCUUGGGCUAAUGGUUCCUUAGGAUAAAGGAAGGUAGACUUCUAGGGGAAGGGACUCCCUCCCCACCUUCAGGGUCACUGGAAGCGGCCUUCUUGCACGGUUCAGUCGUGAGCACUGGGCAUCACUCAGACACUUUCCCUUGAGCACGACAGGCAUCUGGGUGUGCCAUCAGGGCCUGAGUGCCAAGGGCAGGGCUGAGGCACAGAUGAGGGAAGAUUUCCUGCCAGGGGCAUCCAGCAGUCUCUGCUUGUCAUCCCAUAUGAAAAAGGCUACCAGUUCUAAAGCUGACCAACCCUGCAGACAACUUCUAUCCGAAAGACUCAUUCGGUGCUGUGUAUUAUCUACCAAGGAGACUCCAGGGUCUCUCCAGGAUGAGUCCACGUUGGUCCCUUUCCCACCAAACUAAGGAGUAACCCAGAGGGAGCAGCUGCCAUUGGCAACCAUCUCAUCAUAGUUCUGUCUAGUAUUUGCUAUCAAUGAUGUUUACAUGUGAUUGCCAUACCGCUUCUGUAGACCGUGUUGACAGCCACCUGUGCAGGGCAGGCUGUGCUGUCCAUCUCUGUGCCGUGCUGGUGUUUUCCUGAAAUGUCCGAUCUAACCGCUAAGUGGAAUUCUUCCAUCUCCUUCCUCAGUCGGUACAGGCUGAGUCAGAAUCCUCACUCUUGGGGGCUCUGGUUACUGAAGGAAAAUGCAUCAAAUAGGUAAAGAAUCUGAGUGGAUGGAGUGCAGCUACGAUUCCCGACUCCCUUGCCCCGAUGCCUUCCCCAUCCCCACCAGGAAACUGCUUUGAGUAGGGAAGUAUGGGGAAGGGUCUCAGCGCAUCGUGUGGAGCACUUAGGAAAGCACAGGAUUCCAGGGGCAGACAGAGGAGAAGGGGCCUGCUGUGAGCAGCAAGUCCUGACAUGGGAAAAGACAGAGUCAGGUGUCUUUGAUGUCCAAAACCUUACUUACCGAUUUUUUGAAAGUGAUUUUUCCUGGAUGUGUGCAAUGAGCCUGCCCAGCCCCUGUGUCGGUGGUGAGCAGAGGGAUGAGGAAGGCAUUGGCAGCCCUGCUCUUCUGUGUGCAGAAGGCUGGUCCGUGGGCGAGGCCUUGAGUGUACCUGAAGGCAGCUGAGCCUGCAGCCUGAGAUGGGGUCAUCUCAACUGUGAAGCAACAUCAACCCUAGAGAUGUUGAUGUGACUCACUGAUGUUAAAAUUACAGUCUUUAUUUAUUUUUAUUAUUAUUUUUAUUUUUUAGCAUUUGAGAUUUAGCACUGUGGUAUUCAGAGGAACACCAUAUCCCACUGUCAGAUAUGACUAAGGUUAAAAAAUGGAUGCAUAUUAGCAAAGUGAACAUAAUGGUUUCACUGGCCAAAGAAGAGGGACCCUCUCAUCCCUUCCCAGUGGAGAAGAAGGAAAUCCACUGGAACCUAUGUGCACUAUGUGAUAGUUGGUCCCAAAGUCCCUGGAGUGUUUGCACUCUGCGUGCAGAGUUGGGAGGUACAGGCUAAAUGGCAGAGAGCCUGGGCAGUGGAAGCCACAUGCACUGCAGUGCCAUUGCCUGGUACAGCUGUGGGACGAGAGAAGCCUCUGGCGCCAGCUGCAAGGUCCCAGGAAGCAGGCAGAGGCUGACUUUGCAUUAAACAGUAGAAGCACUGAGUAAGUGCCAGUGCUCCAUCCUGGCUCCGUGCCUCCCCACUGGCAAACCUGGGUCUCCUCUGGCUGUGUGAGAUGCUGUCCCAGAGGCUGGAGCAGGGUGGCAGGAAGGGGUCUGGUGUGAGGGAGAAGAGGGCAGAAAGACCUUCCAAGCCGCAGCAGCCACAGGAGAGCCAGCUCCAAGGCCAGCCCUUCUCUGGCUUCUUUGCCAGUGAAGCCCUGGACACAGGGAAUGAUAGAUCUUGGUGCCUACUUUUGUCAAAAGCUGGAGAGCAGUCCUGCCAACUGAAAUAGGUGUGGAACAACCCAUUUAACUAUAAACCAUCUAAGAGUGAGAAGCCUGAAGGGUUCUUACUUGCUGUGUGACCUUAGGCCUCCUUUUCCUAAUCUAACAAAUGAGACUCUUAAAUGGCACGAGCACUCCCAGUGAGACGAGCCCUUCUCUCCCCUGCGAAGCCGGUUCCUUCUUCAGCUGUGCGCAGCUCUGGUGCAGGGAAUGGGUCUCUGCAAGGGUCCCAGCCAGCAGCAGGUCCAGUCCCUCACAGUCCUGGCUGAGUGGCCUUAGACAAGGAGACCAGCUCCCUGGGACCGAUCUAAGCCAUAGUUCCUGGUGGGUAUGGUGAGAACCAACCCCAGGCUUGCCUCGGAGGCCAUGUCAAUCUCACACUAGCCUUGUCAUUGUCCCCACCAGACAGCUUUGAAUGCAAAUGUUGUGACCCGCUUGGCUGUUGCUCUCUUGCUCUCAGACGAUACUAGCAAUACACUUGUUUUGCAAAGCAACAUCACUUAGGCACUUUUCACACAUUUCUUUCCAAUGAUUGUAAAGCAUAUGGGGCAACAGGAGGCAUCGAUCACACUGCAUAUGUUUAGGGCAGCUUUUGUUUUUUGUUACUUUGAUGGUAUAUAGCAGUAGUAAGUGAGGCUUUGUGUUUGCUGGGGACAGGUUUCCAGAAAUUCUGCUUCAUGAGAACACCUUGCACAGCCACAAGGGGUACAGAAAUAUAGCUGCCCAAGCCAGGUGGUUUGGAAACUAUGGCUUUUGUAGGUGGUCAGUUCCUGGUUGUGCAACAGUUCCUCAGAAGGUGUUCAUAUUUUGCUGUAUUAUUAUUAUUUGUCAAAGAAUUCUCCAAGGAAGCCUUAAAAAGCCUCCAUUUUCCCUUUGCUGGCCUUGCUCGUAGGGGACCUGGGAAGGGCAGGGGUCAGUUGCCACCUCAGCACUUUGCCUUAUCAAUAUGCGGUUGCCACCUAGUGGCCAAAGACUGUAUCCACCAGCUACCUAGAUGGAAGGCAAAUAAAUCCGUUCUGCCUGCCACCUCACUCACUGCCCAAUACUAACUUUGGGAAUGGAUUAUAAUGGCACGAGUGAACUGUGUGGGUGUUCGGAGCUCAGUAAGACACUAGGGUCAAAAGAUCCCAGAAGCAGCCACUAAAAUUCUCGCACUGUCUGUGAAAUGCACUAAUUGUCCUGCGGGUAAAGACCAGUGGACCAGGCGUCCAGUGUGGGAGGGGUUUACUGUAACUGCAAUACUGGCAGCCUGGCUGCCGACCUUGUUAAGUGAACCUCUGUGAGGUGGCCGCCUUAUACCCUCAGGAGAAGGGGAAGAGGCCAGGUCUGAGCAUUGGCGCAGGGACUUGCUGGCCAUGGCCUUUGAUGUGGUCCACCAAAUAGCCAAACAAGGUUUUUGUUUUGUUUUGUUUUUUUCUUGUUUGUUUUUGUUUUUGUAGUUUGUGUUUUAAAAUUUUGUCAAAUGUUUUCAUGUUAGGAAUAAAAAGUCAUAAACUAUUCCCAACUUUGUUUCUUGAAGGAUGUUUUGAUUCCGAUUGAAGCAGGUUGGAAAUCUCAAGGGGGGCAUGAUCUGGGUGGUAUGUGGAACAGGGCAGUGGGUCACUUGGAUUUCCUGAUGGUCUCGGGGGAAAAUGACCAUCCAGAAGUCCAGCUCAGUGCAAUCUGCUCCAGAAGUUCACACCCACCCUCUCAUCUCCCCAUGCCAUUUAGAUUGGCUUGGAGCAUCUGCUGGUCCCAGAGGCAGCUGCUGAUGUUGAAACCAAUACAAGCUCCCUCCCCCCAGCCCCAGGUCUUUAGAGAUGAUGUCUGUAGCUAGCCUUAAUGACUGGGCAAGGUGAUCCCAUGGUCCCUUCCAGCAUUUCCAAUCUUGGACUCAAAAUCCUUUUCUCUUGGUGUGACCAUGCAGCCUAGAGAAUUCUGAGCAAUAGGGAGCCAGGACUUUCCCUGGCUGUGUGACAGGGUCAAACCAGGGAAUGGCUAAACUUGCAGGUUUUGUCAUCCCUAGCGGUACUACUGUAGGGGGCAUUAUUUACUAGGAAGCUCAAAAAGGUAACUACAGCCUGGGGUGCAUGAGUGUAAGGUUGUGUUUGUGGUGUGUGUAUGUGUGCGUGUGUGCAUGUGUGCAUAUGUGCACGUGUGUAUGCAUGUGCAUAUGUGUGUCUGUGCCUGUAUGUGUGUAUAAUUACAUUGAUGCAUUUCUUGAGAAAGGUGCAAGAAUUUCACCUACACAGAGAGACACAUCUGCUUUGUUAUUUAUAAUAGAAAGCUAAAUUUUAAUUUUUUAAAGGACACUGCUGAUGAUUGAGAAUCGAGUUUUUAGUUUUGCUAUUUUUUUUAAUUGGUAGAGGAUUUUUAUAUAUUUUUUCCAUUUUGUUGGGUUGUGUCCUUAUUUAUAUAAAUACUUUAUCUGUAAGAGGCAAGGAAGAAAUCUUCUUUGCUUUUAAUUAUUGUGGUUGUCAUUGUCCCUAUUUUAUUUCUGGUGUGAUUUAUCUGUCUUACCUUCUAAAUGAGAAAAUGUUUUCUUGUAUUUGUACAUUGUCAGAAUCUAUAGUUUCAUAGAUAAUUUAACCAAAUUGCUCUAUGUAUUAUUAUCCUGUGAGUAUAAAGUUCUAUUUUAACGUCUGUAAAUACUUCAAAACUGGCUUCUUUCUCAAGCUCCCACUGUGGAGUUAUUGUUUACAUCACAAAAACUGUAGAAUCUCUAUGCUCAUGUACUGUAAAUAGUGAAGUGAUCUGCUUAUAAAUAAACUUAACAAAUACACUAUGAGAUUAAAAAGAAAAUAUCACCCCA